GUGCACCUCUAUCGAGACCGUACACAUCGAUACAAUGGCAAGCAACAACACCAUGACCAACACCACGACCAACACCACGACCAACACCACGAUCAACACCACGAUCAACAGCAACUAUGCCCUGGUACUCACCGAGCUGGUCGACGCCGUCAACCACAUCUUCGAUCCCAAGUUUGACGUUCCCGCUACGCACAUCAAGUUCCUGGACUUCCCGCCCGAAGUCCGCGCAAAGAUCAUCGACUACUCCCUCCUCGGUGACCUCGAGUCCGGCACCCUGACGAAGGCUAUGCACCACGACAGCUUCUACAAUCCGUGCUGCGUAUGGAACUGGCCUGACCAGUUGAUCGUCUGCGACAAGGCGAAGGAGUCUGAUCUGCCGAAUACGAUGUUCCCCAAGUGGCUUCCGCACCUGUCGCUCACGAACCACCAGAUGCGCGGCGAGGUCCUGGUUCACAUGCUCAAGACCACGGACUGCAUUACUCUGAAGUACAACAAAGACCUCGCAAUCAAGAUCGCGCCUCGGUUCAUCAAAUUCUUGCGGACUUUCCCUGCGAACGAGGGCUUCGAGGCCGACCGCAACCUCAACUUCCCGCAUAUACAUUGGUACAACUACAACAAUGACGGGAAAACUCUGGCAUCCAACCCGGACGUGGAUCUUAUGCUGGCGUGCCCGAAGCUGGAGCGCGUCGGCCUGACGUGGCACUACAAGCGUAUCAACUUCUUGCACCCUUACGAGGAGUACUGGACCCCGAUGACGCUGGACCGAUUUCUGUCCUGGUGGAAGCUUUCGCCCAUGCUCGGCUGCGACAACCUCAAGCACGUCUACAUCGGCGGCAUCCACGCCCGA